CACCGUAACAGCAUUAAGCUCCACUUGUGCUUGGCCAGAAGAAGCAGCUGCAGUAAACACAGCGGGCAGUGGAUGACGUUUCUCCUGGAACAGUGAACCAUAUCGGGCUCAGAGAUGAAGGAGGACCCGGUGGAGAGUCCCGUUGAGCGGACCCAAGCGGACUUUCUGCGGGGGUUUGUCACCGAGAGGCUCGCCGCGGUGUCCCGGGAGAUCCUGGCGGCGGUGGAGACGGUGGUAUCCGGAUAUGAGGAGGAGGCCUCGGGGUUCCGUCUGGAGAUCCGCCGGCAGAGGAAGCAGCUGGACCUGCUUCAGAACCAGCUCACUGUCGGAACAAAUGAUUUACCAUCCAGCAGAAGCGAUGGAUCAGCUGAGGAAGAGGAGGAUUGUCAGAGCCAGACUGCUUCAUCAAGCUCUUCAUCGCCUCAGUCUGACCGAAGGAAACCUGGCAGACCUCAGAUCAGUGACGCACAGAGCGCCAUACACCUCAGCAUCCGCAUCCUGAAGGACUCCAACAUCAGCAUCCUGUCCAGAAACGUGGUGAAGAAAUGUCCUCUGGUGUCCCUGACGUGUCCUCCAGGCCUGCAGGAGUUGGACUUUCUGAGCCUGCUCAGGUCUGCUGUCCCCCAGCUGGCUGCAGACGACAAACCGUUUCACAUCUUAACGUUGGAUAAGAGGCGGAGACUUCAGCGUCUGACUCUGAAGACGGUGACGCCUGAGGAGAUCGUCAGAAACGUCAGACCCACACGACUUAGAGAGCCUGCAGUCUACAUUAGACUGGAGACAAAGAAGGAAACUCAGGAAGAAAUUCCUUCUCUUCAGAUGGAGAAAAGUUCUGCCAUGUUGGUCUGUGAGGAAACUAAACAACCAAAGGAGACGAGGGAAACAGAAGACGACUGUCUGAUGAUGUCAGUGUCAGGUGACGACUCCAUGGCGCCCCCUGCUGCUCCAAUGGACAGAGAUGAUGGGAAUGAAGGAGAGACAAACAGAAGCGACAGCAGCUGGAAGCUAGAUGUUAGUGAUGAUCGGGAAAAGAAAGACGCCGAGCUCAUUAGUGAGAAAGAAGACGUCAAUCCGUCUCAUUGGACAGAAACUGAGAGGGCGGCUGCUUUUUCCUGUAAGGUCUGUGAAGCUGCCCAGAAAUCUGAGGUUGCUCUCAUUAAACACGCCUGGAGACACCUGGAGGAAGCAGGAAGUGUUUGUGGAGUCUGUGGAGAGUCAGGUGAGGCAUCAGAGGAUCAUUUUCAUAGUGAGCACAGAACGGAUGACUGUCCCAGCUGUGGAGAGUCUUUUCUCAGUGUCCUCAGUCUGAAUGAGCACCUGAAGGUCCAUUCAGGACAGCAGCCUGUCCAGCCUGAGGUUAGCUCGUUUACGUCUGGGUUGCCUCCGGAGAACAACCACAAACUCAGUCAUGAAUGCCCCACCUGCCACAAGCUGUUUGAGGUGGAGACGCAGCUAAACGCUCAUCACAGGACGCACAGGAAAUGUAAAACGUACCUCUGUGGAGUCUGUGGCAAAUUCCUGAGCAGCAACAGAUCUUUGUCCCGCCACAAGAUGACACACUCUGGAGAAAGACCCCACAGAUGCCAGGUCUGUGAGAGGGGCUUCAAGCUGGCCACCACUCUGAAGCAACACGAGAAGAUUCACAUGAACAGAGAGAGACCGUACCUCUGCGACGUCUGCUGCAAGAUGUUCCUGACCAGCAAGCAGCUCGUCAUCCACAUGAGGACGCACACCAACGAGAAGCCGUACCGCUGCGACCGCUGCGGGAAGGGCUUCACCACCAGGGGGCCGCUGACCAUACACAUGCGGGUCCACACCGGGGAGACGCCGUACCGCUGUCCUCACUGCGGCUGGUCCUUUAAAAGGAAGACUCACCUGGACGACCACGUGGCAAUCCACACAGGAGCCAAACCCUACGUGUGUGGGAUCUGCGGAAAAACGUGCGCCAGGAGAGCUUACCUCACCGUCCACAUGAGGACGCACAACGGAGAGAGACCGUACAAGUGCUCCCUGUGCGAGAAGGCCUUCACUCAGAGCCACUGCCUGAAGACGCACAUGAAGAGCCACAAGGCUGCACAGGCGGCAUCGUAGAAACUUUGAUCUGCACACAGGACUCUUCAGUAUUUAUCAUCAUGACUCUUAAACUGUUUCUGGCUUUAAAGCUGAAAUAUCUCCAAUAAAAUUUAGCAGGAA